AUGUCAUCAACACUACGUUUAUUACAGCUGAACUUCCUUAUCUUCUCAGUGUACAUCCCACCACUGGAUGCGCACCAAGCCGCUAGCACGACCGCUGCUGAACCGAUACUAGCGGAGAUUAAAAACACCAUUGAAGAGUAUACCAAGGAGCCCAAUAAGACCACAAGGCUUAUUCUAGCUGGAGACUUCAAUCGACAUCACCCGGCAUGGAGCCACCGCCCCGUUAGCCAUGUUUUUACAUCUCAAGCGGAAGAGUUAAUAAACUUCUUCCAGACAUACAAACUCCAAUGGUGCCUACCCCCAGGCACGCCAACAUACUGGUCACCAAGCCUCCCAGGGAAGGCAUCAGUCCUCGAUCUGACGCUCACCAAUGACCCUGCAAAACUUAUGAAAUGCCAACUCUAUCGGGACAACUACGGUUCAGACCAUCGCGGAACAUACUCCGAAUGGGACCUACGACCAGAACGCAACGAAAACCCAAAACCAAAGAGAGCAUAUGACAGAGCGGAUUGGGAUAAAAUCGGCUCAGCCUUGCUGGAACUACUUGGUCAAGGACCUGAGAUAAGCUCCGCCGCAGACCUCGACUAUGAAGUUAACCGACUAGUUGAAGCAACAACGACAGUCCUUGAUCAACAGGUGCCUCUACAGAAGCCAUCCCCCUACUCGAAACGAUGGUUCACCCCAGAGCUCAAAUCCCAACAGGUUAUAGUAAACCAAGUUCGUAGGAGAUGGCAGAGCAGCUGUGCUACCCUAGGCAGCAGCCACCCAAUUACCACAUCCCUCUUCAACGACAUGUGUCAUAAACGACGAGAAUGGACUAGAACCAUCGAGAAGGUCAAAGCCGCCCAUUGGAAGGAGUUCCUAGACAAGGCCCAAGAAGGCCACCUCUGGAAAGCAGCAACAUACAUGCGCCCACGAGACCCCUAUACAAAUAUCCCGCCACUAAAAGUGGGAUCCGAAGAAAUCACCGAAAACGACGCAAAGGCCAGAGUGCUCCUAGAAACCUUCUUCCCGAAGAUGGCAGACCCAGAAAUAGAAGACCCAGUACCACCCUCAGAGGAAAUACCAUGGUACCCAAUCACCGAACUGGAGGUACAUCGGUCACUCAAAGCCGCUAAGGGAACGACGGCCCCGGGGGAGGAUGGGAUCAUAACCCUUGUCUGGAAACAUCUAUGGCCAUAUCUCCGGAAGAUGAUCACGUACAUCUUUGCAAGAUCAGUAGAAUUAGGCCACUAUCCUCACCAGUGGAAGCGAGCGAGAAUCAUAGUGCUGAGGAAACCCGGGAAGCCAGACUAUGGUGUACCAGAAGCAUACCGACCUAUUUCUCUACUGAAUACCCUAGGGAAGAUACUAGAAGCCGUCAUGGCUCGCAGACUGUCAUUCUGGGCUGAGUCCUAUAAACUACUUCCAGACACCCAGUUUGGAGGCCGGCCAGGACGAAACACAGAACAAGCGCUCCUAACCCUGGCAAACGCGAUUGAUCGCGCAUGGCUACGGUCAAAGGUGAUCACGCUGGUGGCAUUUGAUCUCACAGGAGCAUUCAAUGGAGUGAAUGAUUCAAGCCUUGACGCCCGCCUACAGGCCAAAGGCAUCCCAACCGUAGCCAGGCGCUGGAUCCGGAGCUUCAUGGAGAACAGGUACGCCGGCAUCUCCUUCGAUGAUUUUCAGACGGAGAUCUCCCCGCUCGAGCAUGCUGGUCUGGCACAGGGAUCCCCGCUGUCCCCAAUCUUAUUUGGAUUUUUCAACUCCGACCUGGUCGACCAGCCAGUCGACCACCAUGGCGGCGCGUCAGCGUUUAUUGACGACUAUUUUCGAUGGCGAGCCGGUCAGUCUGCAGAAGACAAUAUCAGAAAGAUUCAGGAAGAGGAUAUCCCCCGCAUCGAGGCAUGGGCCCGACGAACGGGAUCCUCGUUUAACGUGAAGAAAACAGAACUAAUCCAUCUAACAAGGUCCAAAAGACAGCACGGGGUAGGACAGAUCACAAUAAAUGGGACGGUAAUCAAGCCAAGCGAUACAGUAAAGCUUCUAGGCGUGAUCUUUGACAAGGAGAUGCGGUGGAAGGAACAUGUGCAGCAAGCAGUCAAGCGAGCAACCCAGGUGAAUAUCGCCCUGGGGGGACUGAGACACCUCCGUCCAGAGCAGAUGAGACAAAUCUACCAAGCAUGCGUGACACCAAUCGUGGAUUAUGCAUCCACCGUCUGGCACAACCCACUAAAGGAUAAGAUACACCUGAGAACGCUGGGAACUGUGCAACGAACCGCCCUUAUUCGUAUUCUCUCUGCCUUCAAGACGGCGUCCACGGCAGCCCUAGAGGUGGAAGCCUAUGUGCUUCCAACCAAUUUACGACUUAAACAACGUGCCCAAAUAGUGGCUGCCCGCCUCAGCACCCUUCCAGAGGAUCACCCAGGCCAUACAGUAGUGACCCGAGCAGCAACGCGGAGCAACCAUAUAGGAAGUGGACCUCGAUUUCCUCUAGCAGAGACCCUGCGGACAAUGAACCUCACUCGACUCCAGGCUCUGGAGACAAUUGAUCCAACACCCCCACCACCGUGGCAGACACCAGCAUUUAUAGAAAUCGACAUUGAAGCAGACCACGACAAAGCUAAAGAGAAAGCAUCUGCUAGACAAAAAGCAGCCGGUAUCACAGUCUUCUCGGAUGCAUCAGGCCAACAGAAUGUUCUAGGAGCUGCAGCGGUAGCCCUAGAUCAGAACCAGCACAUCAUCCAACACCGGAAAGUCUGCAUUGGCUCCAUGGAAUACUGGUCAGUAUAUGCAGCUGAGCUCAUGGCAAUAUACUAUGCUAUCAGCCUUGUCCUUAAGAUCGCGUUAGAAAACUGGGACACCACAGCAAGCCAACAGGAACCAGCAACUAUCCUCAGUGAUAGCAUGUCAGCAUUACAGGCUAUCUCGAAUGCACGGAACAAGUCGGGCCAGAGGAUUAUUCAAGCGGUUCGGCAAUCAGCUCGGGAGUUAAAAGCACGGGGAAUUCCGCUCCGACUCCAAUGGGUACCAGGACACUGUGGUGACCCGGGAAACGAGGCAGCCGAUCGACUGGCUAAAGAAGCAGUUGGCCUAGACAAAGAACAUCCCUUCCAACAUCUUCUCUCACGAGAAAAAGGUUUCAUCCACAACCGAAUCCAAGAAGAAUGGGAACGGGGAUGGAAGACGUCCAAGAACGGUGGCCACCUUCGGCGGAUAGAUAGAAAUCUACCCGCAGUUCGUACCCGGAGAAUGUAUGGCUCGCUACCACGCAAUCGAGCCUACCUGCUCACCCAACUCCGAACCGGCCACUCAUGGCUAGCAACACAUGGCAAACUACAUGGCCAUAGAGAGAAUGACAAGUGUGAAUGUGGAGCGAUAGAAACAGUGGUUCACGUCCUGAUUCACUGUCCCAAAUUGAAGACCAUACGACAAGAACUACGGAAGAAGAUCGGGACUGCAUUUAACAAUAUCUCGGACAUGCUGGGAGGAGGAUCUCAAGGUAAGCAAGGUAAGGAGGGUGAUAUGCAAGGCGGUAGCAUCUUAGGUGCAGUACUCGACUUUGCAGAGGCAUCACAGAGGUUUCAAAGCCGGGCGCCGUAG